AUGAACUUCUAAUAAGUGUUUUGUUAUAGCCAUUAUAAAGUGUUUUUAGCAAAUAUUCCAUUAGUUGGAAAAUAAGAACCUUAUACAAUUAGAAAUUUUCUGUUUCUUCUUGGAUUCCAAAGAAUGUUAACAAUAUUAUUUGAAGUUUUUCCAGUAAGCUUCAGUAUCUUUUUGAAAGAGGAGUUUCUCAAUUUCAUUAAUUGUAAUUUUUCAGUUUUAUAUUUAGAAAUAGCUAUUGCUGGAGUGCAAUAUCUAAUCAAGGAGUUGAUAAAUAUCUACCAAAUUUUAAUUUUUUAUUUAAUUGGCAUCUUGCUUACUAUCCAACUUAGUUUUAUUGCUAACCUAUUAAUCCUCCCUUUCAAUUUCUUAAGUGUUCCUUCAUUUAUCCUUUGUCAUUAAUUGUUAUUCCCAAGUAGACAUACUAUCGCUAUUCUGGAUAUCCAGAAAUCUAAUGUUCUAAUAAUUUGGAAUGAUUUUUUUAUCAGGAGUACUGUUGAUUUCUUCUUGUUAAUUUGA